AUGCCGGGCCGUUUAAUCCCCAACCUGAUUCGGAACGCCAGUUCGCUGCACUCCUCCGUCACAUCGUCUCCCAACCACUCCAACUCCUCCUCAACCGUCUCCGUGAAUGAGAUCCCUGGACAUCCAAAGAAGUCAGCCAAGUUAGAGCGCGCACGCUCCCCCGAACGCCGUUUAUCCUUCACCAUGGAUCACUUUAUCCACCCUCUUCGGGACCACAGCAAAGAGAAGCGCCGUAGUUUAGGACGCGGUGGACGUUCUAAGGAGCGUUCCAGCCAUGACACGCACUCGCCCGCGGCCAAGCUGGAUGUCCUGGUCGAGUCACCGCCAUUAGUCUGCUACGGACCACCUGCUAGCUCUACUGGUGCAUUGUUCUCUGGGCGCUUACGCAUUGCUGUCUCUGAGUUGACUGGUGGAGUUACCUUGAGCCAGUUUGACGUACGCCUCGUCUCCAAGACAAGCACCAAGAAGCCUGUCUCUCACCACUGCUCCAACUGUGCUACUCGCACAGAAGAGUUGACUCAGUGGAACUUCAUCACCGAGGACCUUCACCUCGAUGGUGGGGAUCACGACUUCCCUUUCAGCUACUUGUUCCCCGGUCACCUUCCUGCUUCUUGCAAUGGUGUGCUGGGCCAAAUCGAAUACUUCCUGCUGGCCCAUGCGCGGAGCGUCACUGGAGAGGAAUAUAGCCUCAAACUGCCUCUGGACCUUGGUCGUUCUCUGCUCCCCGGGCCCGACAAGUCCUCCAUCCGCAUCUUCCCUCCAACCAACCUCACUGGCCGUAUUGUGCUACCCUCCGUCAUUUACCCUAUUGGACACUUCCCUGUUGAGAUGACCUUGAGCGGCGUGGUCGACAAGGGCGAAAAGACUCAGACCCGCUGGCGUCUUCGCAAGAUGAUGUGGCGCAUUGAAGAGCAACAGAAGAUUGUGUCCACUGCAUGCCAGAAGCACGCUCACAAGAUUGGCGGUGAGAGCAAAGGUGUUCUUCAUCAAGAGACUCGCGUCAUCGGACACAACGAGGAGAAGAGCGGCUGGAAGACCGACUUUGACACCGCUGGUGGUGAGAUCACCAUGCAAUUCGAUGCGAACAUCAACCCGGCUGCCAACGCCGUCUGCGACAUAGAGGCCCCUGGCGGUCUGGAAGUCAAGCACAACCUCGUCAUCGAGCUUAUCGUGGCCGAGGAAUUUUGCCCUAAUGGCAACACCCGUCUGAUUACUCCAACUGGUGCUGCGCGUGUGCUUCGCAUGCAGUUCCACCUCCAUGUCACCCAGCGUGGUGGUCUUGGCAUUAGCUGGGACGAGGAGAUGCCUCCAAUUUAUGAGGAUGUUCCUGCCAGCCCUCCCUGUUACACCAAGCCCGGUGGCGCUCACAGCUUCAUCGAGGACUAUAACGAUUCUCCGCUCCCCGACCAUGCAGACCUGGAGCGCAUCGACUCUUUGCGAUUGGACAGUAGUUCUACUCGCUCUUCCGCCCUCUCCUCCAAUCAGUCUUCUCAUGGCUCCACACACGGCCGGUUGCCGCGCUUUACCACUGACGAUCUCGUCACUGGGGAGUCGCCUGCUGCCUCGCCCAUUCCCUCGCGCGCUCCUUCUCGCGCUCCUUCUCGCGCUCCUUCUCGCGCUCCUUCUCGCGCCCCUUCCAUUGACUCCUCCCGCGAAUAA